GGCAAGAAAAUAUGAGAAGCUCCUCUAGCGUCAGCCUCAUCUCCUGCUCCUGGCCGAGGUUGCUCGCACCCACUUCCACUUCCACUUCCACUUCCAGCUCAUCUCCUCUGAGAACGAUGAUGAACCCAAAAUUAGAUGCUACAAAGUCCCACAAUAGAUCAAAUACUAGCACAAGUUCAACUCUUCUUUCAUCAUCAUCAUCUAGUUCUACUACAGUUGAUAAAUUCCAACAAGUCAUCCAUUCUAGCUCGACAGAGUGGGUAGAUGGUUGGCAAAAGUGCUGGGAACAAGGGUUGACACCAUGGGACUUGGGGCAGCCUACCCCAAUUCUUGUCCAUCUUCAUAAGACUGGUGCCCUUCCUAAGGGCAGGGCUUUGGUCCCUGGUUGUGGUAGUGGCUAUGAUGUCGUGGCAAUUGCCUGCCCUGAUCGCUAUGUUGUUGGCCUGGAUAUAUCAGAAGUAGCUCUUGAAAGAGCCAAAGAGUUGUCCUCAUUAUCAAGCCAAGAACACUUUGAAUUCUUGAAGGCAGACUUCUUCACAUGGCGUCCCACUCAGUUGUUUGAUCUCAUUUUUGACUACACAUUCUUUUGUGCCAUCGAUCCAGAUAUGAGACCAUCUUGGGCUGUUAGAAUUCGAGACCUUUUAAAACCAGAUGGAGAGCUCAUAACUCUGAUGUUUCCAAUUAGUGAUCAUGAAGGGGGACCUCCAUACAAAGUAUCUACUACUGAUUAUGAAGAAGUGCUGCACCCAUUGGGGUUCGAGGCUACCUCUAUCGUGGAAAAUGAACUGGCUGUUUCACCUCGCAUGGGACGAGAGAAGCUUGCUAGGUGGAAAAGAUCAAUCUGUCUAUCAACUUUGUGAUGUCAUUUCACCAGAUAAGUCGAGGUGGUCUGAUUAGUUGUUUAAUUGUUUAGCGUAUAGAUUUGAUCCAUCGACUAAUGCAAUGGGAAGGAUUUUUAAAAUUGCCUUCUUGGCAUUCUUGAUGUAAGCUGGUUUUGUCCUUGUACUUGCCAAGAACGCAAAAGAAACCGAGGGGAAGAAAUGAAGAAAGAGAAAAUAUCAGACUCCCUGCGCACUCUAUAUUUCUCUGAGAUGGUUGGAAGACUGACUAUACAGGAUGUUCUGGUCCACCAUCUUCUAAUUUCCAUGAGCUUUGGUAAUGCCAUCCAGUCAAGAAUCAAAACUGUAAUACUCCAUGAUUUAGGUUUGUUGAAUUGCUUCCCAGAUUGAAACUCUGUUCAAUCUAAGUCUCUUUGUUGUUUCAUGCUAGUCUGGACAAACUUGUACAAGUCUGAGUUUGAGCAGCUUCUUUUGUGUGUACUCAUUGUAAUUUAUCCUUCUCUGUGCUUUAGCUACAUACAGCAGAUAGACAUUCUUGAUCUUAGUUGAAUCACGUAUAAAACUUUGGUUUAAUUAGCU